CCCGCUAGUUUGGCUGUUUUGGCGGCUGUUUUUUCCAAGGAGAAGAAGCCUUUCUGCAAAUCAACACGUUUGAUUCUCUCUCUAAAACGAUUUCUCUCUUCCCAUCUAAUCCUAGUUGAAAUUUCUCUACGACUAAUUGGGUCCCGUUGUGGUGUGUUUCCGGAUACCAGAGUAAAAUUCUGGCGACCCAUUUGAGAUUCGGGUAGACCCAGAUCGGAUCCCGAGGCCAUUUAUCAUCUCUUGGGGUUUGCCGUUGUUAUCUCCUUCGUGGGGAAACUCAUUUGGUCGGAUUUGUUUUUUGUUGUUUGGAUAAGGGGUUUGGGUCUGGUCUGAUAAAUGGGAAGAUGAAAUGUAAUAGAUCCAGGUGACUUUUAAGGUCGAAAUUGAUGGGGAUUUGCUUUAGUAUUGAAGAUGACCAACUAUCUAACGAGCACCGCCAAUUCUCUUCUAAGAACGCAGGACAAGGCUUUAAUCAGUCUCCAAGUAAAUUAAAUAAGCCAGAGUCUUUUGAGGUUAAAAGGACAAUGAGUGCCCCGUUGGUCCCCAAGAAUGUCACUGAUCUUCGCCAGAGUCCUGGAUAUGGCAAUGUUGAUAUCUUUACAUACGAGGAAAUGAUAUUGGCCACAAAACAUUUCCGACCAGAUUUCAUUCUUGGUGAGGGUGGAUUUGGAGUUGUUUAUAAGGGCGUCAUAGAUGAAAGCAUAAGGCCUGGUUAUGAGACUACAGCUGUUGCUAUUAAAGAGCUUAAUCCAGAUGGGUUACAAGGUGACAGAGAAUGGCUGGCAGAAGUCAACUAUUUAGGCCAACUCAGUCAUUCAAAUCUUGUAAAGCUUAUUGGAUAUUGCUGUGAAGAUGAGCACAGGUUAUUGGUCUAUGAGUACAUGGCAAGUGGGAGCUUGGAGAAACAUCUUUUUCGCCGAGUGGGUUGCACUUUGACCUGGUCAAAAAGAAUGAAGAUUGCUUUAGAUGCAGCAAAAGGACUUGCUUUUCUUCACUGUGCAGAAAGAUCCAUCAUAUACCGUGAUUUCAAGACAUCCAACAUCCUACUGGAUGCGCAUUUCAAUGCAAAGCUUUCAGAUUUUGGGCUUGCAAAAGAUGGACCAAUGGGAGACCAGACACAUGUGUCAACACGGGUGAUGGGUACAUAUGGAUAUGCUGCACCUGAAUACGUAAUGACUGGACAUUUAACGGCUCGGAGUGAUGUUUAUGGUUUUGGAGUUGUGCUACUUGAAUUGCUUCUCGGAAGGAGGGCCUUGGACAAGGGCAGACCUAGCCGAGAACACAACUUGGUUGAGUGGGCUCGCCCGCUUCUGAACCACAAUAAAAAGGUUUUAAGGAUCUUAGACCCUAGAAUGGAAGGGCAGUAUUCAGUUAGAACUGCAAUGAAAGUAGCCAAUUUAGCAUACCAGUGCCUUAGCCAAAAUCCGAAAGGGAGACCCCUAAUGAGCCAGGUAGUUGAACUACUUGAAGGUGUUCAGACAAAGGAUGAAGACUCCAUGUUUCAAAGCAACGAAAAAGGGGUGACUCUUUAUGAAGAUCCAGGGCUCUCUCCUUAUAAUCCAGAUAGAAGAAACCUGAAAGGUAAUGGAAGAGGCAAACCAUCAAAAGGAAGAGGCAAUAGCGAAUCCCAAACAGAGAGUGAUAUUUAUAGCCCAUGUCCAGAUGAUUCAAUCUCAAGUCCGAUGAGAAACCAGAGUUUACCAUAGUAGAAGAUGUAUCAAUAUGAAUGGAAGAUGAAAUUGUAAGAAAUGUAUCAACUGGUCUUCCAAUAUGUUUUUGGCAUUGGUAUCUUGUCCAUUUCUUAGUGAAAUUUGAGACACUUUGCUAAAUGUUUGGCACCCAAGUUGAAUUCCCGACUUUGUUUUUA